ACGUCGUGAGUCGGCGCGGAGGCUGAGAAAGAAGUUGUAUCUAUCUCCUUCCCACCAAUACACAAACCGUCCUUGCCAUUUGCCAUUACCAUCACUACCAGUCCAGUUUCGCUAUAAACUACAAAUCAUCGGUCGUCAAUCGAGUCGGCUUGCGGUACGUUUCAGUUUCGACAUUUUUUUCGACAUCACACGUUAUACAAUACAAAAGCUUUUAAUCACAUAAUAACGCGAAGUCGGUGGAAAACUUCAGAUUCUUCCAUCACAGCAGCCAUUCUUGAACAGAAAAAAUGAGUUACGGUUAUCAAGGACCACCUGUACAAUUGCCAGGACAAGCCCGACCACCAACAUCAUUUGGGGCUCCGUCUGGUGCACCCUCUGCCCCUGGUGUUCCGUCUUAUCCUCCAAUGGGUUUCUCAAAUGCACCGCCAACAUCUUUUGGCAUGCCUCAACCAUAUUCUCAAACAACAACUCCUUACCCGACUCAGCCUAUGCAUCCUAUUCCUGAAAUAUCAACUCAAACCAAUGCUUAUCCUCCACAACAAAUGCCAUAUCCUUCUCAAACUAUGCCCAUGCAAUGUUAUUCAUUUAAUGCAAAUUCUAACCAGCCUGCACCAUCCCCUUAUCCACAGCAGCAAAAUUACAAUAUGUAUCCUAAUCUUCAAAAAGCACCAGAUGCUAGAGAAUGCCUUAGCAAUAUUGCUCUUUCUUCUUAUUCUUCUGGACCUAAUACACAUGCAACUAAUUCAAUCCCAUACCAAGGCGGAAAUUAUCCCAGGGGGCAGGGGAUAGGCUCAUCGUAUUCUUAUGCUGCUAAUCCACCUAUAGUUGCUCCACAUGGUGCUACCCCAGCCCCCCGGAGAGAGCGAUUUACGCCUAAGACCUCUCCUACUGUUGUACCUUACAAUGGCUUUGAUGCUAGAGCUGAUGCGGAAGCUUUGAGAAAAGCUAUGAAAGGUUUCGGUACAGAUGAGAAAACUAUUAUCCAAAUUCUUGCCAAUCGCAGUAAUUUGCAGCGUCAAGAAAUUGCAUCCCAAUUUAAAACUCUUUAUGGGAAGGAUCUGAUAAAGGAUUUAAAAUCUGAGCUAUCAGGAAACUUCGAGAAACUUAUUCUUGCUUUAAUGAUGCCACUGCCUCAAUAUUAUGCAAAAGAACUUCAUGAUGCAAUGUCUGGCAUUGGUACUGAUGAGACAGUACUCAUUGAAGUAUUGUGUACUAUGUCUAAUCAUGAAAUUUCCAUCAUUAAACAAGCAUAUGAAACAAUGUAUGGAAGAACGUUGGAGGAUGAUUUGAUUUCUGAUACAUCUGGAAAUUUCAAACGCUUGAUGGUAUCAUUAUGCUGUGCUAAUAGAGAUGACUCAUUUAAUGUGGAUCAGGCUGCUGCAAUGGAAGAUGCUAAACAACUUUUACAAGCUGGAGAGCUGCGUUUUGGUACAGAUGAAUCUACUUUUAACGCAAUUCUCGUCCAAAGAAACUUUUCACAAUUGCGACAGAUAUUUAUAGAAUAUCAAAACAUAACAGGUCAUGAUAUCGAGACUGCAAUCGAAAAUGAAUUUUCUGGUGAUAUUAAGAAGGGUCUUCUUGCAAUUGUGAAAUGCGUCAAAAAUAGAGCUAGUUUCUUUGCGGAACAAUUGUACAAAAGCAUGAAGGGCCUUGGUACAGACGAUAGCCGACUUAUCCGUCUGAUUGUAACACGUUGUGAAGUGGAUAUUGGUGAAAUAAAAAAUGUAUUUCUCCAAGAAUAUGGAGAAUCACUGGAAGAUUUUAUAUCUGGUGACUGUUCAGGACAUUACAAAAAAUGCUUAUUGGCACUAAUAUCGUAAAACAUUUUCCAUCAUAUAUAAACAAGUUUCAUAAAUGAAACUUUUGUAUUUGCAUUUUGAUCGUCGACACAUCAUUUUACAAAUAUAUACAAUGUAUUAUCUUUUCUCUUACCUUUUUCGUUUUUUAACAAUUUAAUUUAGUCUAACAAUAAUAUAGUUUAUAUGUAUGUAGAAGAAUAUAUUAACUCAUUUUUAUACACAGA